AUGGUUCAGCAAGACCCCCACCAAGGCGGCACUCUCUCCGAAAUGGCCCCUCAAGGCACGACCAUGCCCAAUGAUGCCGGCAGGAUGAAUACCAUUCCCUCAGUGCCACGCCCAGACCAGCGUGCUGAGAACUUUGGUUUCGACAACGAAGGCAUCGCCAAGCCCACAACAGCGACGGCUGCUGACAACACUACCGACUUGCCACGCUCGACCCGGGAUGUGGGCGAGGCUGGCGAUGUCAUUAGCGGCACGGGCAACUCCAUGCCGGCCGGCGUCGAGGCCAAGCGUUCCUACAUGGGCCCUAAUCACCACGCUGGCCAUGGUGAUACUCGCGAUUUCAAGCAUGCUAAGUAUGGCCGGAGUGUGAUUGAGCGCUAUCAGGAGGAGUAG